CCCCGGCCCCCCCAGCACCGCCCCACCGGCCCGGGCCGGGGCCCGCCGCCGGCGACCCGCCGCUGCGCGGGCUGCAGCAGUGCAGCGGGGACUACGUGCAGGUCUCGGGCGACGGGCUCUCCGUGCGCCACCGGGACGACCGGGGUGACGUCAUGCACGGGGUGGUGCUGAGCAGGGCGCCGCUGGCCCGGGGGCGCGCGGGCCUGUACUUCGAGGUGGAGGUGACGGAGGUGCGCCCCGACCCGGACGAGGCGCCCGCGCCCGACGGUCUGACGCUCGGGGUGACCGCCACCGCGCCUGCCGGCGUGCGCCUGGACCCGCCCACGGCGGAGCACAUACCCGAGACGUGGGCGAUGGGGUACGACGGGCAGAUGUGGGACCCAGUGGCCCAGCAGCUCAGCCCCAUCGACUGGGACCCCCGCUGCCUCCGGGAGGGGGACACCGUGGGAGUGCUGGUCACAGGCGGCUCG